GCCCACCCGGAAGUGCGGCGAUGGCGCACCGCGGGCUCAAGGCGGUGGUGGGCGACAAGAUUCUCAACGAGGUCAUCAGGAGCGUGAAGAAGGAGGGGGAAUGGAAGGUGCUCGUCCUGGACCAGCCCAGCACCCGGAUCGUCUCGGCCUGCUGCAAGAUGUCCGACAUCCUGGCCGAGGGUGUCACCAUCGUGGAGGACGUGGGGAAGCGGCGGGAGCCCAUCCCCAGCCUGGAGGCCCUGUACCUGCUGCAGCCCUGCGCCGCGUCGGUGCGGGGGCUCAUCGGGGACUUCGGGGGCUCCGCGGCCCCCCGGUACCGGGCGGCGCACGUCUUCUUCACCCACCGGUGCCCUGAGGAGCUCUUCGAGGAGCUGGGGGCGCUCGCGGGCCGCCCGGGCCAUCUGCACCCUCAAGGAGAUCGACGUGGCCUUCCUGCCCUACGAGAGCCAGGGGUCCCGAGGACAACGGCGGUGCUGGCCCGGGAGCUGCUCGCCCACCUCGACGUCCUGCGCGCCGACAACCCCGCCAUGGCCGAGGGCCGCACGCAGCUGCUCAUCGUGGACCGGAGCUUCGACCUGGUGACGCCGCUGCUGCACGAGCUGACGCUGCAGGCCAUGGCCUACGACCUGCUGGACAUCCACCACGACACCUACCGGUACGAGACGUCGGGGCUGGGUGAGGUGCGGGAGAAGACGGCGCUGCUGGACGAGGACGACGAGCUCUGGGUGCAGCUCCGACACAUGCACAUCGCCGACGUCUCCCGGAAGGUGACGGAGCUGCUGAAAACCUUCUGCGAGAGCAAGCGGCUCAACACCGACAAGGCCAACAUCAAGGAGCUCUCCUACAUCCUCAAGAAGAUGCCGCAGUACCAGAAGGAGCUGAGCAGGUACGCGACGCACCUGAGCCUGGCGGACGCCUGCAUGCGCCGCUUCCGGGGCACCGUGGAGCGGCUCUGCGCCGUGGAGCAGGACCUGGCCAUGGGGACGGACGCCGAGGGCGAGAAGGUGAAGGACCCCAUGAAGGUGAUGGUGCCCGUCCUGCUGGACCCGGCUGUGGACCCCUACGACAAGCUGCGCGUCAUCCUGCUCUACGUCCUCCUCAAGAACGGGGUGAGCGAGGAGAACCUGGCCAAGCUGGUGCAACAUGCCAACGUCCCUGCGGCGCAGCAGCGGGUGCUGCCCAACUUCCAGCUCCUGGGUGCCCCCCUCACGCCUGGGGGUGGGCGGCUGCGCCCCGAGGUGCGGGAGCGGCCCCAGGCCACCUACGAGCUGUCCCGGUGGAGCCCGGCCGUGAAGGGCGUCCUGGAGGACGCCCUGGAGGACCGGCUGGACCCCGAGCAGUGGCCCUACGUGACCCCCCCCGCGGCCCCCCCCAGCACCCAGGGCGCCGUCAGCGCCCGCUUCGGGCAGUGGCACCGGGGCCGGGGCACCCCGGGGUGCCCGGCGGAGGGCCCGCGGGUGCUGCUCUUCCUGCUGGGGGGGGGCGGCGCUGGCCGAGACCCGCUGCGCCUACGAGCUGGGGCCCGGCGCCCCCGUCCUGCUGGGCUCCAGCCACAUCCUGACGCCGCGGAGCUUCCUGGAGGCGGUGGAGAGCCUGGACCAGCCGCUGCCCCCCGAGGCCUGAGACCCCCCCAGCACCCGGGGGUGUCAGUGACCCCCCCCCUUGCACCCAGGGGGGUCACGCCCCCCCCCGCACCCCCCAGCACCCGGGGGUGUCUGUGACCCCCUCCCCAGCACCCAGGGGGGGUCACGGACCCCCCCGCACCCACCAGCACCCAGUGGUGUCACUGACCCCCCCCCCAGCACCCAGGGGUGUCACGGACCCCUCUGCAGCCCCCCCAGCACUCUGGGGUGUCUGUGACCCCCCCCCAGCACCCAGGGGUGUCUGUGACCCCCACAUACCCCCCCCAGCACCCAGGGAUGUGUGAGACCCCCCCCCCACACACAGCACCCAGGGGUGGCCCCCCUCAAUAAAUGCCUCCAGCACCCAUCCUGCCUCGCUGCCAGCUGAAGGGCCCAGGCGUCCGGGCGGAGGGGAAGGGGGGGGCACAAUGGGGCCCAGGCGUCCGGGGACACACCCCCCCCCCUGCCCCGUGGCAGCUGGCGGAGGGACCCAGGCAUCCGGCGCUCCCCUCCCCCCCCGCCCCCACUUCCCGGGCAAGGGGCCCAGGCGUCCGGGGAAGAGGGGGGGGGGGGGCAGGAAUUAGGGCGCAAUUAACGGCCAUUUGGAUAAUUGCGCCCGGCUGCCAGCGGGGGAUUGGGGGCACCCACAGGCACCACCCACCCCACCCCCCGGCACCCCCCCCGCCCAGCUCCUGUGACACCCCUC